GCUAUCGGCAUACUUCGUUUGCUGUUAACUAUAAUAUUUAUCUAAUUAUACUUGCAUGAAACGGUUAGCUUAGUAGAGUGAGGUACCGGAAUAUUAUUGGUUAACUGUCUGAGCGGAACUACUGGGGGGAAGAAAAAACAUGGCAUUACGUAACGGAAUCACGUGAUGUUUACGAACUGCUUCUCUGUUAGAAAACGGCGAGGGCGUGCAAAUGUACUGUUUUCUGAUUUAAUGUCGCCAAUAGCCGACUUAGCUGCUAAAAGUUACAUUUCGUACUUCGGACACAAACCCGUAUAAAUAGCUCGGUGAAUUAGUCUUUCCGUAUUGGGUAGCGGCUCUUGUCCACACGUUUACACUGCAGUGCACUAAUUUUGCUUUGUUUCGGUCUACAUUUAGAAGCACCCACACUUUUCGCCAACUUGUCAGGAGAAGUCAAAUAUGGCCGCAAUUGGGAGACAGAGGUACUCUUUGUAUUGGGAAGAGACCGAGUGCCUGAGUUAUUACGGAAUGCUGUCACUUCACGAAAUCUUCGAAGUUGUUGGUUCCCAGUUGACGGAGACUGACGUCGAAGUGCUGUCCUUCUUGCUGGAAGAAACGUACCCUGGAAAGCAUCCCCUAGACCCGGCGGGCUGGACCCCCGAUGUUUCCGGUGAAGAUGUCCAUACAGGUGAUAAGGUGUCGCCCCGUCACAGGCUUCUGGAGGCCUGGCGUCGGAUAGAGCCUCGCUCGGCCCCGUGUCCUUCAGAAUCGCGACACAGACCCAAAAGCGGCUUAGAGCUGCUCCUGGAGCUGGAGAGGCGUGGGUAUGUGAGCGAAGAGAACUUGGAGCCUCUUUUGCAGCUGCUUCGAAUCCUGACGCGGCACGACCUUCUUCCGUUUGUAUCCCGCAAGAAAAGGAGGACAGUGUCACCUGAACGUUAUAAUGUGGAGUACUUGGCUGAAGACCAAAGGGAAGUUAGUUGUGUCGAACUGAUCAACAGCUACAGACAGACAAACUAUUCCCAAGACUACUCAUCGCAGCAGUGGAGGGCAGGUGUCGAUCCAUCCAGACAGACACGCUCCUCUGCUCGCCGGAAGCGUGGCCGUGGUACCCGGCGUGCAAGUCUGACUCCCCGACAGAGGGUGGCAGAAUUGUCAGAAGCCCUCCCUGUACCACAGCCUGUACAAGAGAAAAUCACCUGCGACAUCCGGCUGCGCGUGCGGGCCGAGUACUCGGAGCACGAGUCGGCACUGCGAGGCGGCGUGUCCUCGGACAAGCAGCAGCCCCUCGAACGCCAGUUCGAGCUCUUCAGCAGGGCCAGUUCAGUGCUGCGCGCCCGCGACCUCGGCUCCAUCAUCUGUGACAUCAAGUUCUCGGAGCUGGCCAACCUCGACGCCUUCUGGGCCGACUACCUGAGCGGGGCGCUUCUGGAAGCGCUCAAGGGUGUCUUCAUCACCGAUUCUCUGAAGAGAGCCGCAGGCCACGAGGGUGUGCGGCUACUGGUCAGCGUGGACCAGGAUGAUUACGAAGAGGGCCGAAGGCUCCUUCUAGAGAGCCAGGGCUGGAUGGCCUCCUGGACUGGGACCAGGUCUUGAUGAGCCGUCGUCGGUGCAGAACGAUGGGGCAGGAAGGCAGAUACCUGCUUGUCACUCCUUCCUCCCCCCCCCCUCCCCAAGGCACAGCCUCCGUCAUGGCAACUGCCCCGAAGCCAACAAACGGCGACUUUUUUGAAAUGAUGAUGCAAUUGAGGGAAUGAGAGAGUGCAGCCUCUCUCUUUAAGACCAGCCUGCUCUUCUUGGCUGAACUGCACUGAAAACCAGUGGGAAGGCAGCUGUCUGCCCCUAACACGGUCUCUCACGCACUGCCAGAUUUUCCCAUGAUGCUCUGGUAUAAAGAGACAGCAUGUGCAGAUUUGAAUCAGCAUAAAUUAUACACGUGUGUAUGACCUGUCAAAAUAGCAUUGAGUAGUGUGAGUAUGUGUGUCACUUAUGAUCUGAUCUGCCAUGCAUUGCUAUGAAUUACCAUAAUUUUGGAGGAUGUAUUUGUCUUUAGCUGUCAUGGAUUAGUAGGAAGGAUGAGGUGAUGGAUCAGUAUUUUGAUCUAGAAAUAAAUAUUGCAGAAGGCAAUGGAGACAUUUUGAUGUUGCUAGCAGGGGCAGAGAGGGGUUGGCUCUGGCCCAAAAUACUAGAAAGAGAAGAAUGGGAUUUUUUCCACCUGCACUUUUUGUGAGCUCUGUUCAGAUGAUAAUCGGAUCUUGGGCCGGUCUGAUUUUCUGGCACCCUUCUCUGUGCCUCUCACCGAGGUAGCCGGGUUGGGCACACGGGCAAGCAAAGGCGUACUGCCGAGCCAGGUGAACUAAGGAUCUGUCUGCCUCAAUGUUCUUGCAUAAGUCAAGCAGUUUAAACUUACUCCCAAGAUUAUACAGAGCCUGUGAGAGGUGGUGUCCACUCCGUGUGCACAUGUGAGGGGACAGUAAAUCCAUCAUUAUGGCUGUGUUUCCAGAUUACGUGAGCAGAGUGUCGUUGGCUGCCCUGGAUCACUGUCACCUGUAGGGCACGACCUGCAUUGGAUCAAUACUCUCCUUCUGAGUCCUGGCAUAUUAGGGUAAUUUUAGGGGCAGGUUGGUAUUAUCAUUUGGAUCAGAGCUCUGAUUUACCUGGGACCAGGGAAUCGUGAGGUGCAGGACAGACAUAUGUACAUUACAUGUGUAAAUAUUUCUGAUGUCUUAUGAACCAUAGUUUGAGAAAGAUUAAGAAUAACCAAUGAUAGUUUAAUAUCUAGGAUAUUACGGGUGAGCAUUUGUUAAAAACCAGCAGAUUUGGGCAUGGCAACGGUGACCUUGGUUUGUGUUUUUUUUUUUUUUUAAUGAAAAGUUAAUUUAAUGUGUUUGAAAGCAAGAAUAAUUUCUAAAUAAAAUACAUAGUCAAAUAUG